AUGGCAUCCAACAACAACUCCCUUUAUGGCAACCCCCGCCGAAAACAAUCCCAAAACACAACCCCCCAAUCCUCUUCCUCCCUCGCAUUCACAAGCCACCUCUCCUCGCUAAUCUCCCAACACCAACCCUCGACCACCGGCCGCGCGCGCCCCUCCAAAUCCUCCAAAUCAGACAUCUUCUCCGUAUCCAACCGCGGCGCCCAGAAACGCGCUGCAGCCGACUUACUCGACGAUAACAAUGGUCAACAACACAAGACCGAGAAGGAUAUCGGGAAAGUGGACGAAGCGACCCUGCAUCGGUCGAAGAGACGGAUGGAGGAGAAAGUAAGGCUGUAUGAGGAUUUAAAGAAUGGGUCUUAUCUUGCUGGGGAUAGCGAUGAUGAGGAUGAAGCUGGGGCUGAGGGUGGUGGCGACGCGUAUCUGGCGCGACUGCGCCGGAAGGAGAAAGAGGGUCUGGUUGAUUUCGAUCGCAAAUGGGCUGAUGAGGAGCGCAAGCGCGAGGACAACGAGGAUUCCCAAGAAGAAAAAGAGGAGGAGGACGACGACAACGCGUCAAUAAUAUCCUACGAAGACGACCUCGGCCGCACCCGCCACGGCACCCGCGCAGAAGCCGCCCGCGCAGCCGCAGAAUCGCAAUCCCAGCACGAAGCCGCCGAGCGCUGGCGCCCGCAACGUCCGACGAACUUAAUAUACGGCGAAACCAUACAAACGCAGGCGUUCAACCCGGACGCUAACACGGCCGAGCAAAUGUCCUAUCUAGCGGCCCGGCGGGACCGCUCGCCUACACCGCCCGAGGAAACGCAUUAUGAUCCGGAGGGUGAGGUUCGGAAUCGCGGGACGGGUUUCUAUGCGUUUUCGAAGGAUGAGAAUAUUAGGAAGCAGCAGAUGGAGGAGCUGAUGGGGGCUAGAGAGGAGACGGUUAAGGAGAGGGAUGCGAGGAGGGAGCGGAGGGCGGAGAGGAAGAGGGUGAAAGAUGAGAGGAGGAGGAAAAUCGAGGAGUUGAGGGUUAAGAGGAGGGCGGAGGUUUUUCUGGCGGGAUUGGGGGACUUGGGGGUCCAGAGUUGA